AUGCCAUUCGUUAAUCCACUUACAAUCGGACGUGCAAUGAGCCGCCCGUCAGUGGCCACUGCUUUGUCGACAUCCAGACACUUUUCUACCACCCCGAACGCUUAUCAAGGAAUCACUCUUCUGCAAGACAAGAAAAAUGGAUUUGGCUUCGCGCGGUCAAACCCCAGACCUGCCAAACCCAGAACGAAGGGAGUCACUGAGAUCCGUGGCCCAUACUACUCCGUCAUGGGCAAAAGAUAUCUAGCAGAUGUCCUAGAAACGAUGGGCGACCAUGUAGAUGGUCUCAAAUUUGCCGGAGGCGCUUUUUCUCUAUUUCAUGAGAAACAACUGCGGGAAUUGGUUGACCUUGCCCAUGAGCAUGGCGUGUACAUCUCAACGGGUGGAUGGGCUGAACAUCUCCUCACACACCCCGAUCCGGGUACAGUGUUUGACCGCUACUUGAAAAAAUGCAAGGACCUCGGACUCGACGUCAUUGAACUGUCUUCUGGUUUUCUGUCCAUCCCAGAGGAUGACUGGCUCCGUCUGAUUGAUAAAGUCCACUCAUACAAGCUGGAACCAAAGCCUGAAUUGGGGAUUCAAUUCGGAGCCGGCGGAGACACACCCGCCUCAGGACUUGAAGCCAUUGGGACCUCCGACCCUGGCAAAUUGGUGAACUUGGGUCGGAGAUUCCUCGACGCCGGUGUGAAGCGGUUGAUGAUCGAGUCAGAAGGUAUCACCGAAAACGUCACAUCCUGGCGGACUGAUGUGGUGUCGAGGAUCAUGAAGGAGCUUCCUCCUGAGCGUGUCAUGUUUGAAGCUGCAGAUCCCAAGGUCUUCAGUUGGUACGUUCGCGAGUUCGGUAUUGAUGUCAACCUGUUUGUGGAUCACAGCCAGAUUGUGCAGUUAGAAUGCCUGCGGCGUGGCAUCUGGGGCACUGCCGAUACCUGGGGCAAGAUAGUGUCGUUCCGGCCCUGA